CAGUCUUGCACAGGUGUACCGGCUCCUCCUCCUUCAAUCUUGCACAGGUGUACCGGCUUCAUCCCUUCAGUCUUGCACAGGUGUAACAGCUCCUCCCCUUCAGUCUUGCACAGGUGUACUGGCUCCUCCCCUUCAGUCUUGCACAGGUAUACCAGCUCCUCCCCUUCAGCCUUACACAGGUGUACCGGCUCCUCCUCUCCAGUCUUGCACAGGUGUACCGACUCCUCCCCUUCAGCCUUGCACAGGUGUACCGGCUCCUCCCCUUCAGCCUUGCACAGGUGUACCGGCUCCUCCUCUUCAGCCUUGCACAGGUGUACCGGCUCCUCCUCUCCAGUCUUGCACAGGUGUACCGGCUCCUCCCCUUCAGCCUUGCACAGGUGU